AUGUUUGCCAUCCCACCUCCACCUCGCUAUCCUACCAAUAGUAGUCUGAUCGCAGCCACUCUUGAAACUUCAAACACUCUCACUGUUCGCGAGGGUCCAGAAUAUACAUUUCAGGCUGGUGAAGGCAUCUACAGGCUACGCGAUGAUCUCCAAUUAGCCACUCCUCCUCCACAUCCUUCCGAAGCCCCCAUCGUCAACCCAAACCCUUUGGCCACGACAGCGUCUCCUCCGACUGCCGGCGUCAAGCUAUCCCUCGUCUCGCUGAACCCGAAGCAGAUCAAUCCCGACUUGUACAAGACCCCCACCGCAACAAGCAGUCUGCUACGAUGGAAGACUUUAGGACUGUCCAAUACCAAAGAAUCCAAAGAGGCCAAAGAGGCUAGGGAAUUAAAGGAGGCUAGAGAGAGAGAGCUUGAAAAAGAGUCCAGGUUGUCCAUUGAAACGUCGAGCGACUCGAGUAAUCCUACGGCUUCUGCCAAUGGCAGCAAUCGCUCCAACACCGUCAAGGCAUUUGGCGAAGGCAACGCUGCACUUUCUCCGGUCAUGAGCAGGGAUGUCCUCAAGCGCCGCAAGCCGAAAAAUAACAUCAUCAAGAGCAACUCAUCUUUUGUCUCUCGAGUCAUCCCUCACGAAGGCUUGGCGAAGAAGUUGGCAGAACGCGAUCAAGGGGGCUUGUUCGCUUUUGUGAAUAUUAACCGUGCCUUCCAAUGGCUCGAUCUUUCGUCCGCCACGAAGGCUGAUCCCAUGACCAAAAUCCUAUUUACCAAAGCACACAUGAUAUGUCACGACGUGAACCCAAUGAGCAAACACUCAACCCACAUCGAUGUGGUCAUGGGCUCUUCUGCAAGCGACAUUAUAUGGUACGAACCUAUGUCGCAGAAAUAUGCGCGCAUCAACAAAAACGGGGCGAUCAACAGCAGUGCGGUGGCCAAGGUCAAGUGGAUUCCUGGCUCCGAGAACCACUUCCUUGCUGCCCAUAUGGACGGCACAUUGGUGGUGUAUGAUAAGGAGAAGGAAGAUGCACCAUUUGUGUCGGAAGAGCUUGUGGAUGAAGCCAUCAGUAUAGAAGACGAGGACCACUGGACACUCGUCAUCACAAAGAGUGUCAAUUCUGCGAACCAGAAAGCCAAUCCAGUUGCGUGCUGGAAGAUUUCCAACCAGAGCAUCACAGACUUUGCCUUUUCGCCAGAUAGCAAACAUUUGGCCGUGGUUGGCGACGAUGGUUAUCUCCGUGUGAUUGAUUAUCUUCAAGAAAGGCUUACAGACAUGUAUCCGUCGUACUAUGGCGGCUUCACUUGUGUGUGCUGGUCUCCCGACGGCAAAUACAUCUUGACAGGAGGACAAGAUGACCUGGUGACCAUUUGGUCUCUCGCAGAGCGUCGCAUCAUUGCCCGAUGCCAUGGGCACGACUCCUGGGUUACUGCGGUCGCUUUUGAUCCUUGGCGCUGUGACGAAACUACGUAUCGGUUCGGGAGUGUUGGCAAUGAUUGCAAGCUGUCUCUGUGGGAUUUUAGCGUGGGCAUGCUCCACAGACCCAAAGCGGCUGCGACGAGAACAAGGGGAAGUAUCUCUGCACAAUCUGUGUCACUCCAGAGACAGCGGACCGAAAGCACCAGCGUCGUCAACCGCAUACGAUCAGACUCGAAUCGAACAGGGGUGCAAAGCAUCCAAGCUGAGAUUAUUGACGAGUCCGAGUUUAUCAACCACCCUGUGGAAUCGAGGGCGCGCACUGCUCAACUUCCACCAGUUAUGUCGAAAAAGAUUGAUGAUCAUCCGUUAAGUGGCCUUGCAUUCGAGCAAGAUUGUAUUAUCACUACCUGUGCCGAAGGCCACAUGCGCACCUGGGAUCGACCUCGGGAAAAUGUUAACAGCAGCCAAGUCAAUCUUUCGGAGUCCUCUAAAAGUUAA